UGUCGUUUUACCUUUAUCUUCUUAAAACAAAGCUUAACCGCAUUGGAACCCAGUGGAAGAAACCCUAAAACAGAGCAGACCACACUUCACAGCCACUGAACCGAGUCGACUCGGCCGCUAUGGACGGGUCGUCGGUAGAGCUCGUCGAAGAAGCGAAGGCUACAGAGAGAGCGGAGAAAACACCAGAAGAACUUGUCGCCAAGGCCAUAGCUCCUGUGAAGAGAGAGUUCCUUCGUCCUCCGCCUCUCAGGCCUUGUAACGACGUUGCUUCGGACUCCAAGUUCACUCCUUCAACCUUCGUUAAGGAGAAGAAAUCCAAACGCCAGCUCAAACGAGAACGCCGCCAGGAGCAAAAAUCAGCCCUAAAUAUCUGUUCCGAGAUUGCUAAGACAGGCAAUGUUAAUGCAUGUCCUUAUAAUGAAAAUUGCCGCUUCAGCCAUGACUUGGAAGCCUACAAGGCUCAGAAACCAGAUGAUUUAGAGGGAAGCUGUCCCUUCACAAGUGCUGAAGGAGCAUGCCCUUAUGGUUUGGCUUGUAGAUUUUCUGGUACCCAUAAAGAUGGUGUUGCUGCUGGAAAUUUGAAUCUUCAUAAGAAAAACUCUGAAAUUAAUGGACUGAACAAAGAUGUUCAGAAGCUUUUGUGGAAAAACAAGAUAAGGUUCCCCAAGGCAGAUGCUAAACUCAAACUUCUUGGUCUUCUGGGGAAGGCCAAUUCAAAAAUUAAAACAUUCGAAGAUAAAGGGGAAGGUGAUCUGAAAGUUUCAAAUGGUACUCAUGCUACUAAUGAUAAUAGUUGUGGUGAAUUGGUCAUUGACUCAGAUAAUAAAGUAGAGGGCUCUCCAAAAAUGCCAGAAGAGGAUGAUGUUGAGGGAUUUGCAACUGAUGAACCUAGACCCACGAAGAAAAUAAAAUCUGCAACUAAUGAGGAGUGUUGCACUGGAAAUGCAGAUAAUGGUGCAUCUGUCCAGGAGAAAGAUUUAGGGAAAAGCUGUGCCCAAAUUGAACCAGAGUCAACAACUGAUAAUAUUUUUUCUGAAAGUGAUGGUUGUCUAAAAUUGCACCCACGUGAGAAGAAGCUUAUUGAUUUUAGAGAAAAGUUGUAUCUUGCACCUCUAACCACUGUUGGGAAUCUUCCUUUCCGAAGGGUUUGCAAGAUGUUGGGAGCGGAUGUAACAUGUGGGGAAAUGGCAAUGUGCACAAAUCUCUUGCAGGGUCAAGCUUCAGAAUGGGCGCUGCUGAGGCGACAUUCAGCAGAGGAUUUGUUUGGCGUACAGAUAUGUGGGGCAUAUCCUGAUACUGUGGCACGUACUGUUGAACUCAUAGACCAGGAGUGUGAAGUGGACUUCAUUGAUAUAAACAUGGGCUGCCCAAUAGAUAUUGUCGUUAACAAGGGUGCUGGGUCAGCUCUUCUUACAAAGCCAAUGCGAAUGAAAAACAUUAUAGAAGCAGCUUCUGGCAUAGUGGACAAACCUAUAACUGUCAAGGUGCGAACAGGUUUUUUAGAAGGGCGAAAUCGAGUUGAUUCAUUAAUUGCAGAUAUUGGCCAAUGGGGAGCCAAUGUGGUAACCAUACAUGGUCGUUCACGUCAGCAACGCUAUAGCAAGCUUGCUGAUUGGGAGUACAUAUAUCAGUGCGCGAGAAAAGCCCCUGAAGCUCUGCAAGUCCUGGGAAAUGGGGACAUCUUUUCAUAUUUAGACUGGAACAAGCACAAGUCAGGCUGUCCUGAGCUUUCUACAUGCAUGAUUGCUCGAGGGGCUUUAGUUAAGCCUUGGAUAUUUACCGAAAUCAAGGAACAGAGACACUGGGAUAUCAGUUCUGGGGAAAGGUUAAAUAUUUUGAAGGAUUAUGUUCGGUGUGGCCUUGAACAUUGGGGUUCUGACACAAAAGGAGUUGAGACGACGAGGCAUUUCAUGCUGGAAUGGCUUAGCUACACAUACAGAUACGUCCCUGUUGGUCUGUUAGAUGUUAUCCCACAACAGCUGAACUGGCGGCCACCCUCCUACUUUGGCCGCGAUGACCUUGAGACUCUAAUGGCCUCUGAUUCUGCAGCUGACUGGAUUCGAAUCUCUGAGAUGUUGCUUGGCAAGGUUCCUCCAGGCUUCUCAUUUGCACCAAAGCACAAAUCCAAUGCUUAUGACAGAGCAGAAAACGGUUAAUCAUCAACAGUUUUGAACGUUGCUGGGGCGAUGACAAUGAUAACAAUGGCUUCAACUGCAAAAAAAACUUUUUUCUGGACGUUUUCCCUCACUUAAAUCCAACGGGUUUUGCUGGAACCAGGCAAUGACACUCCCUCAAAGAUGAUGGAGAAAAAAUCCAGCGGGCAUCGGGUUGAUGUGUUUUUAAACUGUACCAUCAACUCAGUGGAGGCAGGUUGUGAACUUGCCUUCUAACCCCAGAAUUUUACUAUCUAUUUUCCAAUUUUAGAAAAUACCAACAAUUUCUUUUAUGAUAAUGUAUCACUGAAAAUUUCAGUCGAGAAUUUUUGGCUGCUUCAUCCUAGGAAUUUGAAUUUUUAAUAAAUUUAUGAAAAUAAUUUAUUUUAUUAGAGAA